AUGUCUCAGAUCCCAAGCCUAAAGUUUCGGAUGGCAAAUUUGGCAAAACUAGAGUUUGUUGCCAAAAUCCAUCUACAUGCCAAUGGCCUCGGACAAACAAUUGUAGAUGGGAAUGAUGCUUCGCCUGAAGAAAAUGUAAAGGCCAUGAUUUUUCUUCGCCGCCACAUCCAAGAAGCGCUGAAAAGUGAAUAUGUGGUGGUUGAUGAACCGUUGGUUUUAUGGAAAGCUCUAGGUGAAAGAUACGAUCACCAGAGGAUGGUGACCCUCCCAAGAGCUAGAUGCGAAUGGACUCACUUGAGAUUUCAAGAUUUCAAGACAGUGUCCGAGUACAACUCUGCUAUGCACAGAAUUACCUCCUUGAUGAGGCUAUGUGGUGAAAGUAUAUCUGAGAAGGAUAUGCUCCAAAAAACUCUAAGUACUUUUCAUGCUUCAAAUGUCCUCCUGCAGCAGUAA